AUGCUUGCAGGAAAAGAACAAAAACAACUUCGACAAAUAAGAGUAAUCUCACCUUCAAGCUUAGUAAAAUCGCGGUAAUCUUGAGAGUGAACAAUUACCAGAUUAUUUAAGAAGCUCCUUUUCUGAUACCAUCAAAAUUUAAGAGCCAUCAAAAGUUUAUAAAGGAAAGAAGAUCUUACCUUAAUAUGCAUUUGGUAAUUCUCUUGAAUCCCCUUCCUUCUUCCGUAAUCCUAACACUUUAAUUUGCAGAGAUAGUUAUGACAAUCCAUUUCUAAAAGUCAAAGCUAAACCUCAUAGCAAAUGGGAAUCCUUGCAUAGUAGUACUCUCAACAACUUUGAAUUUUAUAAUGUUUCUGAAUAAAAAUUUGCCAAUCUCCCAAAUUAAGGAUACAAAAAUGUCAAAAUAGUAAAGUAUUAAUCUAUUAUUAUUAUUUUAGUACUGUAACUAAUAAAGUACAUUAUGUUUAGACUCCUUAAAUUAAAGGGGAUGAACAAACUUUUCAACUUGCUUAUCGAACUCUAUAAAAAACAGGGCUAUUUGGUAGAAAGAAUGGUAUAUAUUAUUUAUAGAUUUUAAUAGAAUUGUUCACAGAUUUCAUAGAAAAGAAUGAUAAUUAAAAUGUAUAUGGUCAUUUGAAUGAUAGACAAAGACCCAAAGGACAUUUGAGAGAUGUUAAGAAUUUCAGUUUUACACCAUAAGAAUUCUAAAUUCAUAAAAAAAGAACUAGUCAUUAUAUAAAUUCAAGUUCUAAUAAAGUUUUACAAAAAUCAGACUUACCUAUAGUGAAUAAAAAUCAAUAAAAAAAAGAAUAUUAAAUUGAAAAGUACUUUUCUAGAGAUUAAAGGUAUAUUGAUUUUUAAUAAUGAUAGCUAUCUUAAUUCCCUUAACAAUUCUAUCAUUAUAAAUUAAAUAGAUUAAUAAUUGAAAAGAAAGAAUUUAAAUAGAUAUAAGUAUUUUAUUAUUAUUAAUAUUUAUAGUUCUGAUUUAAAGAUUUUGGAUUAUUAAGAAAAUGAAAUAGCUUAGAUUGAUAAAUUUGAAGAAUAUUUGGAGUUUGAAAAAUUAUAUGGAAAUUGA